CAAAAUUAUGGAAACACCCGCUGUGGUUUUAUCGAUAUCAGACGUGUCAUCCAACUGGUGUAUGUGGCCUCACGUGCGCACGCUAGUCUGCUGGGACUCACUCGGCGGGGGAGGAGGGACUCUCAUUGGACGCUGCGCAACAAGUCGCCGGGGCGCAAGAAGUGGAUGAUGGACGAGCGAAAACGGCAGCACCGAACGGCGUGCAGUAGCAAAUUAUGCUAAGUAAUGACAGUAACUACCUCAGACACACGUUUCGCUCGCGCCGCCGCUUAAGAAAGGAUGUGUCGCAGUAAAGUUUAUCCGGACUUUGAAAGCGCGCCGUCGGAAGUUUUUUCUCUCUCUCUCUCUCUCACCGAAACGGGAGAACACUUUGGAGGACUUCUUCUAUCACAGCUAGGCAAAGAUGCAGCGCUUCCCCACCGAUGAUGGUUAACUUUCCUCUCGGCGUUUAACGGCUGAAGGUUUCCAGGAGGGGGGGCAGAAAGGGGGUUAGGGGGACGCAGCAGGUGAGAUUCGGACCGCGGCUGUAACGUGACCGGAGGGCGACGACGUGAAAUGGUCCCGACCUGUCCCAGAGGCUGGGAGGAAAUAACCUGAAAGUAAUAAUAAAAAGAGAAUCUCAGUCCACCAUGAGAGCGCUGACGUUGCUGUGCCUCGCGGUCGGGCUGUGGGAGUCGAGCCUGAGCAACAGGAACUGCCCGGACCUGAUCGUUGACAGCUGUCACUGCUCGGCGGAGAGGACCAAGGAGCUGAGCAGGCAGCACGUCCGCAGAGUCAAAGUGGUGUGCGAGGACGUGGACCUGAUGGACACGCUGCAGACCAGCUUCCUGCCCAACAGAACCGUGUCCCUAAUCCUGAGUGACAACAAGAUCUCCCUGCUGAGGAAUGGCUCCUUCUAUGGCUUGGCUGCCCUGGAGAAACUGGACCUGAGGAAUAAUUUGAUAAGUACAGUGGAGCCCGGGGCCUUCCGUGGUCUGCUGGCUCUGAGGAGACUGGACCUGUCCAACAACAGGAUUGGCUGUCUCUCGCCUGAAAUGUUUCUCGAUCUGGGCAGCCUCUCAAAAUUGAACUUAUCCGGGAACAUCUUCUCCACUCUGACCGCGGGACUCUUCACGCACCUCGUGGCUCUCAGAGUGCUGCACUUUGGCACCGAGACUUUGUUCUGCGACUGUCAGCUGAAGUGGCUGCUCCUCUGGGCCCAGAGCAAUUCGGUGAGGAUUGGCAACGACACGGCUUGCGUGUUCCCCACCCACCUCCACGGGCUGGAGCUUCGCAACCUCCGCGAACAGCAGCUCAGCUGUGACGGACCUCUGGAGAUGCCCCUCUUCCAGCUCAUCCCCUCCCAGAGACAGCUGGUCUUCCACGGAGACCGGCUACCCCUGCAGUGCACCGCCUCCCGCCUGGACCCGUCGGUGGAACUGCGCUGGCAUCACAACGGCGACGGCGUGACCACGCAGGAGGACCGGGGCGUCUAUGUGGAGGAAACUCUGCUCCACGACUGCUGCCUGCUCACCAGUGAGGUCAUCCUCUCCAACAUCGACGUGGGCAUCGCUGGCAUCUGGGAGUGCCUGGUGACCAGUUCCCGUGGCAACGCUUCUCAGCAAAUGGAGAUCGUGGUUCUGGAGACGUCGGCGCCGUACUGCCCCGCGGACAGAGUCGCCAACAACAAGGGCGACUUCAGGUGGCCAAAGACCUUGGCUGGCAUCCUGGCCUUCCUGCCCUGCGCUCCCGCCGCCUUCGGCUCCACCCCCCGCCCGGCCGGCGGCAGCGGCCCUCACCUCUCCGGCCAGAAGGCGAAGAAGGCGUGGCGGAGCUGCGACCGCGCUGGACGGUGGGCCGAGGAGGACUACACUCAGUGCCCGUACGCCAGUGAACUGACCCGCGUGCUGCACGAGCUCACACAGAUAACCGUCAACGCCACCAACGCUCAGCCUUUAGGCCGGCAGUUGGUGGCCUUCACCAGCAGGGCGGCGCACUUCACCGACGUCAUGGACGUCAUCUUCGUCACACACCUGGUGGAGAGGCUGACGAGGCUGGUGGAGAAACGCAGAGACCUGGGGGACUACAUCUCGGACGUAGCCAGCAACAUGAUGCUGGUGGAGGAGCACAUCCUGUGGAUGGCGCAGAACGAGGCGCGAGCGUGCACCCGCAUCGUGCAGUGCGUGGAGCGCAUCGCCGACCUGGCGCUGAGCGGAGACAACCAGGUCAUUUCCAAGGUAUCUGCAAACAUCGCUCUGGAGGCCUUCCUUAUCCGGCCGUCUAACUUCCUCGGACUGUCCUGCACGGCUCUCCAGCGGCCCUCCCCCUCGUCUGCCACCUCGCCCCCCCCCGCUGACGGCCGCUCCCGCACCGACAAGGACGAGAGACGAGAGCGCGACGCCGCGGGGGAGUCGUUGCUCAACUUCAAAUGCCACACUGUCAACAACAGCGGCUCGCCGGCCGGCCAGCUCAGCAAGAACUCAGUGGCAGUCGCCUCAAUCCAUUUACCGCUGGCUGGUACGCCUAUCUCCUCCUCUGCGUUGCAAUCUGUUGAUAACUCCACUUGCAGGCUGCAGUUCAUCGUGUUUCGCAAUGGGAAACUCUUCCCUUGCACGGGGAAUUCGUCAAAUCUCGCCGACGAUGGGAAGCGUAGGAGCGUUUCGACACCAGUUGCUUUCACCAAAUUAGAUGGGUGCAGCCUCGGGAGCGCCGUGCACUCCGUUACCAUCGCUCUCAGGCACUUCGCGCUGGGUGUAGACCCCACCGCCGCCUACUGGGAUUUUGACCUGCUGGAUGGACACGGCGGCUGGAGGGCAGAGGGCUGCCACAUAACGGGCUCCGGGGGCAACACGACCACCAUUCACUGCACCCACCACAAUAACUUUGCCGUGCUAAUGGAUCUGAAGAAGGUGCUGUCUUUCCCCCCGUACCCUGGGGAGUUUCUGCACCCGGUCGUGUAUGCCUGCACGGCGGUCAUGUUGCUCUGCCUCUUCGCCUCCAUCAUCACGUACAUAGUGCACCACAGCGCAAUCCGCAUCAGUCGGAAGGGAUGGCAUAUGCUUCUCAACUUCUGUUUCCACACGGCUCUGACCUUUGCUGUGUUUGCCGGCGGCAUCAAUCGAAUCAAAUACCCCAUCAUCUGUCAAGCAGUCGGGGUGGUGCUGCACUACUCGUCCCUGUCGACCAUGCUGUGGCUCGGGGUGACGGCCAGGAACAUUUACAAGCAGGUGACCAAGAAGCCUCCGCAGAGCCAAGAUGGUGACCCGCCUCCGCCCCCUAAACAGCCCCUGUUGAGAUUUUAUUUAGUCAGUGGUGGAGUGCCCCUCAUCAUCUGCGGGGUCACGGCAGCCGUCAAUAUAGACAACUAUGGCAGCGGGGAGCAAGCGCCGUACUGCUGGAUGGCGUGGGAGCCCAGCCUGGGAGCCUUCUUUGGCCCCGUGGCCUUCAUCAUCCUGGUGACAUGCAUCUACUUCAUCUGCACCUUCAUCCAGCUGCGGCGACACCCCGAAAAGAAGUACGAGCUCAAGCAGCUGACGGAGGAGCACCAGAGGCUGGCCGCCGUCGACGUGCCGACGCACUGCCACCAGAGAGCUGAGCCUGGAGCCUUGGCAGCCCCGUUGGGUGGGGGCCACUGCCCCGCUGGCUGCCCGGGCGUCCCCAUCAACCCCGCGCUGCUAGCCAAUGAGCACUCCUUCAAGGCUCAGCUCCGGACGGCGGCCUUCACCCUCUUCCUGUUCCUGGCCACCUGGACCUUCGGGGCGCUGGCCGUGUCACAGGGCCACUUCCUGGACAUGAUCUUCAGCUGCCUUUACGGUGCCUUCUCCGUCACCCUCGGCCUCUUCAUCCUCAUCCACCACUGCGCCAAGCGCGACGAUGUCUGGCACUGCUGGUGCUCCUGUUGCCCCGGGCGACGCGCCGACGCCUGCUCCGGCGCCCACGGGCCCGCCCAAGCGCGGCCCAAGGUCAACGUGAAUGGAGACACCACCGGGCACGGCCACGGCCACAGCCACUGCCACCACGACUCACCAUGUCAGGGCAAAGCACUGACGAGCUGCAGCCAUUGCAGCUUAAGUCACUGCAAGCACGCUGCCCUUCCGUCCUCGCAGAAUCACGUGGCGUGUCUGGCACCGGUGACGCCGUGCUGCGCCGCCCUGCAUAGCCAGCAGCUGAUGGAAGAGGAGCCGUCGGCCACGCACGUGCUGCUACAUGCAGACCCGGAGGGUUACCGGCCGGGGAUCCAGUUGCACCCCUGCCUAAAGAGCAGCACCAGGACUAAAGGCCGUCACUUCAGCCGGCGGGCCGGGGCCGGUGCUUGCGGGGCUGGGAGCGAGAGGGAGUACGCCUAUCACAUCCCCUCCAGCGUGGAUGGAGGCAGCGUGCACAGCUCACACACUGACAGCCCCCACAGCACGCACGAGCGCCACGCCCACAUCUGUCCACAUCUGGCCCACGAAGGCCACCAUGAUGGGCAUCACACUUGCCACGCCGCUGCAGCCACCACGCACGACGCCCUGGCGUGCCAUAACCCCUGCCACAGGCACAUCUGCUGCACCAAGGCAGACCUUUUCCCUUCCCUGUGCCCGGCAGAGGCCGGCGACACAGGCGUCUUCCUGUGUGGCUGCGGCAAAGUGGCCGAGCAGGACCCGCUGGCGACACAUCACCACCUGGAGAUGCACGCCCCGCGCAGACAAUCCUACCCCCAGAACCCGCCCAAUCAGAAUGGGAUUCUUAAGGGGGGCCUGCACGAAGGACUACUGUACACUUCGGACAGCACGGGGAAUAUACGCACUGGACCCUGGAAGAAUGAAACUACUGUGUAGUGUGGGAAACAGGGGAGAUGGGCAGCACCCCUGUUCAUCAUCCCGCCAAAAAAAAUGAAACCCUUGCCUCCCUUUCUAGAAAAAAAUGAAUUGAACAACAUUUGAAACAUCAUAAUCAGCGUGGGAUGUUUUUAUUUUCAUGUCCUCAUGUUUUUAUGUGUGCUGUUUUACUGUACAGAAAUCCGAUCUCACGUAAAUGCUCCCUGCGGAGCGUCCAUACACAGAACAGAAUCUCCUCCACAAGAAGAAUUUAUGAAACAUAUGUCACACCAAACCAUCAGCUGUAAUUGAAGGUAUUUCCACUGUUCCAUAUUACUACAGAUGUCUCUCUCUCUCUCUCUCUCUCUCUCUCUAUAUAUAUAUAUAUAUACAAGAACAUGAAUGGUUGUAUGUAUGUGUGUUAGUGCUCAAAGGCAACACGCUGCAAGAUUUUUUUACUUGAAUCUGAACCCAUCAAUUAGCCCAUGAUGACCCAGUGAACCUCCAGAACUCUUGACAUCCAUGUUUUAGACGACUAAACCAGCAAUUUUAGACUUCAUAGGUAUUUUUGCCAUCCAGUCAAGCAACUGUGAACAUCUAUUGGAGAUUUUCUAACCAAUAUAUACAAAGAUACUGUCGCUUUCCAGUGUGGAUGCCAGUUAAGUUGUGAAAAUCAAACGCAACAGAAAAAGAGAAGUGAAAUGAAGCAUCCUCUUCCAGGUUGGUAUUGAUCGUGCUGUCUGUAUGAUGUCUUCACUGUUGUGUUUCUUUUUUUCUGGAGAGAAGUAAAUAACGGCAGCUUCAACAGCAACAGCUUUGGCCAUUGUGAAUAGAGAGUUGGUGUCAUUGAGUCAUUGGAUCCAAUGCGGCCACAUAGAGCCCGGCCCCCACAGCCAGUUCACUGCUAGUGUGCAGGUUUUUUAAUUCCUUUCAGCUCAGCUCGCACACAGUAUCAGGCAGCAGUGUAUGGUUCUUUGUAAAAUCAACACUCAAAACAUUUUCAGAAAAAAGAGUGAAUGUGAUUAUAGACGAAACAACAAGCUGCUCUGGGAAACCUGCCUGUGACCAACAUAGGGCUGGGUAUCGGUACUCAAAAUAACCCAGUAACCGGUAGUAUUGAAACUUCUCCAGUCAAACACGACCUGCAUUUGAUCUUUUUUGCGCCCAGAUCAGGAAAAAGAAAAAUUGUAUAGUUUGCUCACAGCCAAUCCAUUUCCUACCUGCACAAGGGAGGCGACAGUUAGCAGCUAGUUAGCGGUGCCAACGGCGCGUACACCGCUAACAGCAGCAAGAGUGCUGACAGAGCUAAGUGUUAACCUUGGGGCUGGGGGGGCGGAGGGUUUCCAUUCACAUGAUGGGUAUCAAAUUAAGUACCUGAUUGCCAUCGCUAUCACUUUAAGGGUACUGGUAUUAGUAUCGUUAUAGGUCAAUUUUAAACGAUACCCAGCCCUAGUCAUAUUAUUUUCCCUCAAAAACGAAUUAAACAUGUAGGCCAACCUCACCCACUAUUAGCUAAAGCCACAAAAUGCAGAUGCAGUCCCUUUAAGUUUUUUCUUUUUUUCUUUCUUUUGUCUUACUACAGCCCCGAAGCAUGCCUUGUUGUAUGUAGCGAUGUUUUUUUGAAAGUGUAAAUGAAUGCCCAUCCAUGAACAUAUUAUUUGCCUCGAGUGCUGCAGCUUGCCGUAUAUAGUUUUCUGUCACACUCUUGGGUUAAGCCUAGUAUUGUAUUGUUUCCCACUAGAGAUCUCCAUUUAACACGAGCGAGGGCGGGUUCAUACCUUAAGGUCCAGUGCCUGAAUCAAACCAAUGCCAGAAUGAUACAUUGUUUCAAUUUUUCAACUGGUCCGGUUUGCAUUCGCCAACGCAAAACUCAAACGUUCUAGAAAUUGUAAACAAAAGUCCUGUGGCGGUGAUAGCGUUUGUUCCUCGGCACUUCUAAUCUGCUUUCCUACGCUGUGACAAGAAUGUGGGGAUGAAACAAAGUUGUUAAAUGUUAUUCUGGAUGGCUAGUUAGUUAGCUUGCUAAUUCUGCCAUGCUUUCAUGCAGCACUCUUUACAGAAAACGUGUCAAACAGCAGGUGUCUAUCACUCCUCGCUGCUCGGAGACCAUGGAGCUAGCGAACCCUCCCCCAACUGCAAACUAGUCUCCUAACGAUAAACUAGUCUCCUAACGGUAGGGGAGGGCAUGGAGGCAAAAGCGCUAGCUAGCUAAUUAUCUCAUUUGAGUUGUGAUAAACACUGAAUUCCUAAAAUUCACUAGUAGCAAAUAGGCAACUAGGUCAACAAGCAAACGGUUUUUUAAACCAAUGAAACAACAACAACGUGAACAUAAAUGGUACGCUUCCUGUGAACCGCUCCAGAGUUCACUUGACAGUUCACUCCGGGUCUACACCGCUAAUGCUGCCAGGCUAAACAAGACCGGUGCGAACUCGCCCUUUUAUCCUAGAACCCAGUCCAGAACAUCACAAUGCUCUUGGUUCUGCUUUGGUAGACUUGUGUCAGGAGAGGCCAAGGUUGAAGUAUAGAUCGUUUUAUUUAUUUUAUUUGUUACCAUGAAGGCCACAUUCUCUUUGAAGAAUUGCCACUCCAAAGAGAAGGCAAAAGAGGCUUUGUAUUGAUUUAGAAGCACUUGUUUGUUUUAUGAAUGAUGAUAUUGAGUAUGAUACUCCAGACAAAACCACUCACACAUCUUGUCAGAAAAGCUAAGCUUUAAAAAAAACAAAAAAAAAAACAAGCAGCGCAUAUAGUCUCACAGCAAACCCUGCUCUCACGAAACCACUUCGGCAUGCACACCAUCUCUUUAUCCAUCUUGUGCACUCUUGUCUGUGUAUAUAGAAUCAGUUUCUGAUGAAUUAUUUUAUAUGAGAUUUAAGAUAUUUAAGAAUAAAAUAAGUCUAUAUGUAAAGAAAGUUGUAUGGGGAAAAAAAAAUGGACCUCUCAAUGUUAAUACUCAGUAUCUGAGUUUAGAAAUGUCCUUUAUUUUGUUGUUUUCUAAUGCCUUUUUUUUCUGUUGCAAUUUUAGUUGACUUCAUAAAGUAUGCAGACUCGCCAUGUGUUGUGAGUUUAUCCUGUCAUAUCAGAAAUAGAAAAUGCACUACCCAUGACAACGCUUGGCCUGCCAGGAUAGAAUCUGUCACUUAGAGUAUGUUUAUUAUGGAAACGUCAAAAAAAGUGACAGGAGAAAAGAGAAAUAUUAAUGUGAUACUCCCUUUAUUUGGAUGGCAGGCUUUGAAUAGUGAAAGAGACCCCACAUCAGAGAUGAUGCAUGAACAUCAUAGCUUUGCACAGUUAUCUCCAGGGUCCGGGACAAAAUUGGAUAUUGCGGAGGGCCAACUUGUGAGCUAUUAAACAGCGGCCCGCACUUGAUCACAGGAUACGGCCUCCUUUGAGCCGCCGUAGAUGCAGGCAGUCAGUGGCCCCGGCUUUGUAGUCGCUGGAAAGGGAUUUGUAACAGUAUCACAACAAAGCAUUUUGAAAUCAGCCUCCCCCGCUAAACCCACAUUAGACUGAGAGAACAGUGGGCUAGGUUAAUCGCUGUACAACGUGCUGGUGGUGGUGUCUCAGUAGCAGCCUGAGACCAUGUGUUUGGUGUCAUGAGGCCACCGUACGCCGACUCCUGUGUUGUCAUCAGUCUCAGAUGUACUGCCCUAAAACGAGCUUGCUGACUCACCAGACGGCUGCUGGAAUAUUCACCUGUGGUACUGUGACAGAAACCGAAAGCCAGUUUUCACUUUUUUCUACAUUGACACAGAUUCCAAUAAAUGUAUUUUUUCACCAUGCAACGGAUGAGAGCAUCUUUGGCCUUGUGUUUGUGUGCUUGAGCGGAGAGAGUGCAUUUAACGUACACGACGAUGAAUGCGAGGUUGUUUUAUUUAUUUUUGUCUCAAUUCUCGCCGUAACGUGUUUAUUUCUUCUGACAGUGUGAUGGAGAUUGAGAUGCCUGACGGAGCCACCAUAGGGGAGGAAUUCAAAUGAUAGCAGGCUUGACUGCCGCUCUCUGUGUGUGUGUGUGUGUGUGUGUGUGUGU